AUGAACACAAUUAGAAAUCCUGAAGCACGCUAUGUUCAUUCCUCUGUCCUUGUGGGAAGUCGAAUUUAUUUUUUUGGUGGAGAAAAAGUUGAUUCAGAGCCUGUUAACGAAGUUUUUUAUCUUGACGUAUCACAAGAGUUUCAUAUUGCAUCUGCACCAUGGACAGACCUUACAGCAUCCGCGGCCAUCCCUUUUCUCAGUUCUUGGGCUACAGUAACGACUAGAGAAGUUAACAAUAAUCAAAUAAUCUAUCUAUUUGGUGGAUAUAUGCUUGAUCCUACUACCAGCAAAGAUUCAUUUACAUCAAUUAUACAUACUUUUAAUACAACUUCUAUUCAAUGGAGUACACCUCAAAUUCAGGGAACUGUUCCGCAAAGACGAAGAAACAUCGAUUCGGUUCUUGAUGAUUCAGGAAACAUGUAUAUUUUUGGCGGUUAUUACGUUGAACAUACCGAACCGUUACAAGAUAUGUUUAAUGAUAUGAUUAUCAUUAAUACAAAUACUUUAUCGAUUUCACCUGGUUCAUCGCAAAAUGGGCCCAGUCAACGUUGUGCUUAUACUGCAACUUUGUUGCCAAAUGGUACAAUUGUAUAUAUUGGAGGAUAUAAAACACCUACAAAUGGUGAAAGUCCGGUAGUGAAUAUCACUGAAAUCUAUCUUUAUGAUACUAAACUUGAUACAUGGUCAUUAACGUGGGCGGAUAAUAUAAAUUCAAUAGAAUCUCGUUAUUUACAUACUGCUGUAUUAGGUAGGUAA